GAGGCAGGUGGGGCGGUGCCGCAAGAAAGCCCACACUGAUUGGUUGGUGGGAGGGCCCCGCCAGGACCGCCACGCUAAUUGGCUGCUACUCGGGGGGCCCUGUUUCCGGUAGGUCGGCGGGCAACCCCGCCGCCGUCAUGGCGACCGGCGACCGGGAGAGAGCGCCGCUUUUGUGGCCGGUGGAGGCCCGGUUGGCGGCGCUACUUCCCGACCUGCUGGUCUUCCGGAAGCCCCGGGCACCAGAACCCGAGCUGGCCACGGCCCAGGGCGUCCUCCUUGGCGUCCACGUGACGGGGUUCACAGCAUUGAUGGACAGGUUCAGCCUGACCUGCAAGUCGGAAGAUGACCUGGACAAACUGGCCCACAUUUUCAGUUAUUACAUUAGUGACAUCAUCGAGCAUGUACUCUGUUUUGGAGGAGAUAUCCUAAAUAUCACAGGGAAUGUCCUCCUGGCACUCUGGACAGUGGAACAGAAUCAACUGAGUGACAUCAUUACCCUCGUGGCAAAAUGCAGUCUGGAGAUACAGGAGAAAUUUGGGGUCUACCAUACCAGAGAAGGCCAGGACCUGCAGCUAAAGAUAGGUCUAUCUGCAGGUCGGAUUUCCCAAGUUAUUGUUGGAGAUGAACAACGACAGUACCUCUUGGUGAUUGGGCGGGAUGUAGAUGAUGUCCAGUUAGCUCAGCGUUUGGCUCAGGCAAAUGAGAUUGUCUUGUCCUGGAACUGCUGGACACUCUGUGAGCAGUACAUGUUUGAAGUGGAAAUCAUGAAGGAGGAUGAAGCUGUGAAGUUAAGAGAUAUGCGGAUCACUGACCCAUUUGAUUUUGAUGAGCAUUUUGACAAGUGCCUCAAUUAUCUGCCACAUUACCGGACAAGUGCUAAUACUCUAAGAACUGCCCUGGAGUUGGAUCCAGACUCUGCACUUGAGCAAACUCUGCGGAAGCACAUAAUGAAAAACCUCUUGAAGAAGGCUUGUUUCCAUCAGUAUCACCAAUGGACCAGUAUUCUGUGGCGUGGUUGGGGCAGUAGCAAGACAUGAAUAUACAGUUAUUGGCCCGAAAGUGAGCCUUGUGGCCAGAAUGAUAACUGCUUAUCCAGGUUUGGUGUCUUGUGAUGAGGUAACAUAUCUAAGAUCCAUGCUACCUGCUUACAACUUCAAGAAACUCCCUGAGAAAAUGAUGAGAAACAUCUCCAAUCCUGGGAAGACGUAUGAAUAUCUUGGCCAUAGAAGAUGUAUCAUGUUUGGGAAGAGACAUUUGAUCAGAGUGAGAAAUAAAAAUCACCCUUUGUUAGACCGGGAGAAAGAACUAGAAGCCUUCCAAAUGGCACAGCAGGGAUGUUUGCACCAGAAGAAGGGACAAGCAGUUCUGUAUGAAGGUGGAAAGGGCUAUGGAAAAAGUCAGCUGUUGGCUGAAAUAAACUUGCUGGCCCAGAAAGAAGAGCACAGGGUGUUGUCAUUGAAGCUGAAGGAAGCAGAUUCCAAGCAACACUUCUAUGCCAUCCAGACCCUCAUGGCCAUCUUCUUUGAAAUUGAUACAUGCCCAGCCUUUUACCGGCAAGAGUGCCUACGUAAACAGCUUUGUGGGAAAGUGGAGGAACCACUUCACUGCCUUUUUAAUGACCUCUUCUUUGUAAAGGUAAGGAAGGCAGUGGCUUUCUGAA